UCCAAUUUCUAUGACCAGAGCGGGGGGGGGGUCAUCGCUUCCGUGUCGUCGCUUCCUUCCGCAGCACCCGGAAGCGGCAUGUUGUUUGUUGUCGAGCUGCUAGAGAGAAUUCCUUCUCGCUGCCUGCCGUUCCUCCUCCAUCAUGGGGAAGACGGACUUCUUGAGCCCCAAGGCCAUCGCCAACCGCAUCAAGUCGAAAGGGCUGCAGAAGCUGCGCUGGUAUUGCCAGAUGUGCCAGAAACAGUGCCGGGAUGAGAAUGGCUUUAAAUGUCAUUGCAUGUCAGAAUCUCACCAGCGACAGUUGCUGCUGGCUUCUGAAAAUCCUCAGCAAUUCAUGGAUUACUUUUCAGAGGAAUUCCGGAAUGACUUUUUAGAACUACUGAGGAGACGAUUUGGAACAAAGAGGGUCCACAAUAAUAUAGUAUAUAAUGAAUAUAUUAGCCACCGAGAACACAUCCAUAUGAAUGCUACCCAGUGGGAAACACUGACAGAUUUUACAAAGUGGCUAGGAAGAGAAGGUUUCUGUAAAGUGGAUGAAACUCCCAAAGGCUGGUACAUCCAGUACAUCGACAGAGACCCCGAGACGAUCCGUCGGCAGCAAGAGCAGGAGAAAAAGAAGAAACAGGACCUGGAUGAUGAAGAGAAAACAGCUCGAUUCAUUGAAGAACAAGUCAGGAGAGGCUUGGAGGGGAGAGAACAGGAAGAACCAAUCUACACAGAACUGAACAGAGAAAAUGAUGAGGAGAAAGUGGUAUUUAAUUUAAACAAAGGAGCGAGCACUUCAACAGCUGCACAUGCUAAAGCCAGUCCGCUUGGAUCCAGUGCGCUGAAGGCGGUGGGAACAGUGCCCACAGUUAAGCGCAAAGAAAUGUCUCCAAAUUCAGGGCAAUCUAAAGAGAAGAAGAAGAAGAAGAAAACAGCCCUCGAUGAAAUCAUGGAGUUUGAAGAAGAGAAUAAAAAAUCUGCCCGGACGGACCACUGGCUACAGCCUGAAAUUGUGGUCAAAAUUAUAACAAAGAAACUUGGUGAGAGAUACCAUAAAAAGAAGGCAGUUGUUAAGGAAGUAAUUGACAAGUACACCGCAGUUGUGAAGGUGAUUGAUUCUGGAGAUAAGCUGAAACUUGACCAGACGCAUCUAGAGACAGUGAUCCCAGCACCAGGCAAAAAGGUGCUGGUUUUAAAUGGAGGUUACAGAGGAAAUGAAGCCACUUUAGAAAGCAUCAAUGAGAAAACAUUUUCCGCAACAAUACUCAUUGAAACUGGACCUCUGAAAGGACGUCAAGUUGAAGGCAUUCCCUACGAAGACAUUUCCAAGUUGGCCUGAGAAGACUGGAAGAGCUGAGGGACUCUGGGAAGUAUCUCAUUCAAGGAAGCUCCACUUCGCUAGACUCCACUGUGUCGGAGUUUUAAAAUUUGUAUUUUAAAAAGCAAACAGUUCUUUUUUGUAAAGGAUCUUGUUCGACAUCAGUGGUUCUUCUGCCUAAAUCCCUUCCAUAUACAAACUCUUGGAUAGCGUAAUAUUUAAUUUCAGUGUCUCCAAUGCGGCUGAACUAUGCCGAUGGAAACAGCCAUUAUGUUCAGCCCUCUCUACAAUAUGCUGCCAGCUAUGAACAACUGCACACUUUCAGCUGCUGUGUAGAGCUAGUCGUAUAUUUCUUGCAAAAGUUGAAGCCGGUAAACAAUAAGGGGUGAUUAAUCUACUGGUAGAGUUAAAAAUAUGGGGGCAGGUUGAAGUGUGCCAGGGAAGGGCUGGACUUCCUGGCUCCUGUCCCAAAAGCACCACAACGAGGCUUUUCUUUCAAGUAACAGAGAGAGUUAUAUUCAGGGAAGCUCGGUACAGGUUCAAAAAUGGUUUCAGGAUACUGGGGGUUGCAAGCAAGAGUCUGAGAGCAAGGUAUGGAGUAGCAGAGUGGACGGUAGCAGUGAAGAUGUCCCAACAAGUCUCCGCGCCCUUCCCACUAGCUGUAAAGAGCGAGGCAUGGCGACUUGUGGGAUUCAAGACUGCACUUGCAGGCAGGCGCUUCAGCAGGGAGGCUGUCGGUGUCGACAGAGGCAGCGCAGAGUCUUGGGCGACCUUCCCCCAGGGCGCCUUUUGCUCUGCCUCCCACCUGUCGAGUCGAUGGCUCCCUCAGUCCCCAGCAUCACGUCCUGCUCCAAGGGUGGGGAUGACAGCCCCUUCUCCAGCAACUUUAGCAGCAAAGGGGCUGGGUCUUCAUCUCCCCACCACCACCACCAUUUGCUCCAGCUCACUCAUCCCCUCUGUCUCCUCCGCGUCUGUCAAAUGCUGCCACUCUAGCCCAGACCUCGUUGGCACUGCAGGGCUCGCAAUAGGCACUGUUUCUGUGAGCUGAUACUAAGGUAGAUGCCCCAUAUUAUCUGGUCUGCAGCUGUCAUUGAUGAGUAUGCACUCAAGAGAGCCCUUCAGGCAAUGCUUCCCAAUUAAACCCAAAGGCUGGACCAGGCCAGUUUGCUUUUUUUGCUGCUGCCCUGGGAGUCAACAAGUCAGCACCUCUCUAUCACCAGGCCACCAUUGUCUCUUUUGCAGACACAUAUGAGUUAGUCACAGGGGUGUUUUUAAGAAGAGAGUUGCCUGGGGGAGGCAGAGGCUGGUAUGCCUUACUGCCACCUCUUGAGGAUCCGAGCCUUUGCCGCCCUGUUAGCCAGCAGAGUUCACAGCUAAGCCUGAAGCACAUUUCUGACGCCCAGUUAUAGGUGCUCAUGGAAAGCAGCACCUUUGGGUGAUGGCUCACUCUUUUCCUCGCUUCAGUUUGUGUUGCAUUUUCCCAUCACCCAGAACAGAUUUGGGGGGGGUGUAUGGGGGGAGGAAACGGGAAAUCCCCUUGUGUGAUCUCACUAGCACAAGAGAUUAGUUGAAUGCCACCUUAUUUUUGGAAAAUAGAGUAUGGCAAGGUAGCUCUAGCUGUAUGUUCAGACACCCUGUUUUCUGCUUCUAGACCUCUGCUCCCUUCAGGAUGCUCUUCCAUCAACUUCAGGAGAUUUGUACAAAAAUUGUAUAGUGGCUUGUGCAGUGAAUUUUUAUUGCCAUUUUAAAAUGAACGAGAGAAUCU